UAGUCUAAUUCUAAUUUCCUGCAGCGGGCCGCUUCAUAUUUUCGGACUGUAUACCUUUUCCUUCCUCCAGAAACCCUAGUCAGAAAAACCAUCGCCACUUCCAUAUCGUAAAAAACUUCGGAAAAAAACUUCCAUAUCGUAAAACCCUUGCGGUAUUUCCAAUCAUUUUAACAAUCAAUCAUGGUGAAGAAGAGCAAGAAGAGUAAGAGUAAGAGGGUUUCGUUGAAGAAGAAGUACAAGAUCAUAAGGAGGGUGAAGGAGCACCAUAAGAAGAAGGCCAAAGAGGCUAAGAAGCUCGGACUCCAUAAGAAAUCCAAGAAGGAGAAGGAUCCUGGUAUCCCCAAUGACUGGCCCUUCAAGGAACAAGAACUUAAGGCCCUCGAGGCCCGCCGCGCUCGUGCCCUUGAAGAAAUCGAGCAGAAGAAAGCUGCUCGGAAAGAGAGGGCACAGAAGAGAAAGUUGGGACUACUAGAGGAUGACGAAGACAGUGUCGGAAGUAAAAGGCAGAAUUUUGGUGAGGAUUUCAAUGAUGUGUCAACUUCACUGGGUAAAAACCGGGAUAACUCAGAUAGGGCUUUUUACAAGGAGUUGGUCAAAGUCAUUGAAGCCUCUGAUGUCAUUUUAGAAGUGCUUGAUGCUCGAGAUCCCCUUGGUUCUCGUUGCGUGGAUAUGGAAAAGAUGGUCAUGAGAUCUGGACCUGAGAAAAAUCUUGUUUUGUUGCUAAAUAAAAUAGAUCUUGUCCCUCGGGAAGCUGUUGAAAAAUGGCUCAAAUAUCUUAGGGAGGAGUUGCCCACAGUUGCUUUCAAGUGCAGUACCCAAGAACAGAAGGCAAAUCUUGGGUGGAAAUCUUCCUUAAAGGCGCGAAAGACGAGUAGUCCAAUGCAGACUAGUGAUUGUCUUGGAGCAGAAACUCUUAUCAAACUGCUGAAAAACUACUCAAGAAGCCAUGAGAUCAAAAAAUCCAUCACAGUUGGGGUUAUUGGCCUACCUAAUGUUGGUAAAAGCAGUUUGAUUAACAGCUUGAAGAGGUCUCAUGUUGUCAAUGUUGGUGCUACUCCUGGAUUAACACGAUCUAUGCAAGAGGUACAGUUGGACAAGAAUGUGAAAUUGUUGGAUUGCCCUGGGGUUGUGAUGCUUAAAUCUGCUGGCAGUGAUGAUGCAUCAAUUGCUCUUCGAAAUUGCAAGAGAAUUGAGAAGUUGGACGACCCAGUUCUUCCUGUUAAAGAAAUUCUCAGGCUGUGUCCUGCCAAAAUGUUGGUAAUGCUGUACAAGGUUCCUAGCUUUGAUUCAGUUGAUGACUUUCUCCAGAAGGUUGCUACCGUCAGGGGUAAGCUGAAAAAGGGCGGCAUUGUGGAUAUUGAUGCUGCUGCAAGAAUUGUUCUUCAUGACUGGAAUGAGGGUAAAAUUCCCUAUUACGCGAUGCCUCCAACUAGAAAUGAUGGAGAGCCUUCAGAGGCAAAAAUUGUAUCAGAAUUUGGAAAGGAAUUCAAUGUGGAUGAAGUUUAUGGCAAUGAGUCCUCAUUUAUUGGUAGCCUAAAAUCUGUCAGUGAUUUUAACCCUGUUGAAGUUCCUUCAAACUCUCCUGUCAAUUUUGAUGAAAAGAUGCUUGAGGAUGAUGGUUAUCCAGCAUCAUUGCCCCAAAGUGAAAAUCUGGAAGACAAUGUAGGGGAUGAUGGAGAUGAGUCCAUGAGAUCAGAAGAUGAAGCAGGGUCUGUGACGGCUAAAACUGCCAGCAGCAGGCAAAAUGAGAGGCUAUAUGCCGAGGAAGGUAUUCUUAACACUAAGUUGAAAAAGGCAGAGAAGAAGAGGAGGAAAAAGGACAAUAAAUCAACUGCUAUGGAAGAUGAUUAUGACUUCAAGGUAGAUUAUGUCAGCAAGGGAUCUGCCAUGGAAAUUGCCGAGGGAGUUGGACUGGAGGAUGAUAGCUCAAAAAAUAGAUUUGAGCUGCCAUCUGGAGUUGAUUUAGAAAAUGAAUGAGGAAUUUUGUUUUAUAAUUUGAGCCGUUUUCUCCCUUUUAUAAGCAAGCUUCUCCAGACGAGUUGAGCAAUGAUUUUGAUGUUUUAUGAGAAAGCAGGAGAUAGAAAAUAUUUUGUCUCGGUAAAGCUAAUUAUUGUCCUCGAGGAAAAGAAACUUUGGUGAGCCAAGACGUUUUUUCUGUUGCACAUU